UGACGGCUGCAUGAGAGAAGAAAUGUGCUAAGACGUCAACAAGCAGACCUUCAAGAGAGCCACGCAGUAUAUGAAAGCUAGCACAGUCAACACACCUGAAGCCUCGUGAGGUUACGCACUGCUACCUGGCAUCUCUAAUCCUUUCAGAUGAGCCAGUCUGCCGGGGACAGUAGCAGGACAGGAAACUCCAUCUUGAGGAACAGCAGCAGCUGAACAUGUUAUUACCACGUUCAAAUAUGUCCUGAAGCAAGGUAUGUGCCCACCCAUUGUAGACAUGGGCAGUUUGCCGCCAUGUGAUCCACUACUGGGUUUAAAAGCUUAUGUCCCACAGAGAAGGGCACAGCAUACAAUUCCCCAUUGAGACCCGUCUGAAGCACACAUUGCACUUUCUGGGUGCUGCAUCCUAACCAUGUCAGACACUGAAGACGCCACAUAUGAAGGACAACAAGACAAGGAUAUUGUUGAAGAGGAGGAGGAGGUGGAAGAGGUAGCAGAGGAGGAGGAGGUAGAAGCAGAUGCUGCAGAGGAAAAUGAAGGAGAGGAUGCUAAACCCAGGUCAAAACCUGGUUUUGUGCCCGGCUUGGCCGCUCCCAAAAUCCCAGAGGGAGAAAUAGUGGACUUUGAUGACAUUCAUCGAAAACGAAUGGAAAAGGAUCUGACGGAGCUCCACACUCUGAUUGAAGCUCACUUUGAGAAGCGUAAGAAGGAGGAAGAAGAGCUUCUUAGCCUCACUGAUCGCAUCGAGAAACGCAGGUCAGAGAGAGCAGAGCAGAUGAAGAUCAGGGCAGAAAGAGAAAGAGAACGGCAAAUCAAAGUAGCUGAAGAGAAAGCGAGAAAAGAAGAUGAAGAGGCAAAGAAGAAAGCAGACGAUGAUGCCAGGAAGAAGAUGAUUCUGUCCAACUUGAGUUUCACUGGAUACAAGCAGACACAGACUGGGCCGAAAAGACAAACGGAAAGAGAAAAGAAAAAGAAGAUCCUCAAUGAUCGACGCAAAGAGUUAAAUGUUGAUCAAAUGAAAGAGGACAAACUCAGGGAAAAAGCUAAGGAACUGUGGGACUGGAUGCGGCAGCUGGAGGCAGAGAAAUUUGAACUCCAGUAUUUACACACUAAGCAGAAGUAUGAGGUCACCGUGCUGAGAAACCGGGUCAGUGAUCAUCAAAAAGUUUCAAAGGGUACCAGAAGCAAGCGCGGCCUGAGGAAGUAACAUCUGACACCCAUGAAAUGAUUGGGAAUAACAUAAACCGCAUAAUAAUAUUUUCUUAAUGUUUAAACAUGGAAGAACAAAUUAUAAUUCUGAAAACAUUGCAAGGUUAAAUAUGUUAUUUGUGAAAUGAAGUGCAUGCUGGGUACAUCUGCAGGAUUGUAGCAGUAUAGUAGACAGUCUCUGAUUGCAGACUGAUCAGCAAUGUGCUGCAGCUUGUGUUAAUUUAACAGGGAUCUGACAGGUGUGUAACCCAUUAAAAUGACUUUAGACUUGAAAGGAUAAAAAUAAAACAUGAUGUUCAAUGUAAUCCUCAUUUCUAUGUCCUACCACUUACUCUGUCAUGUUUAAAAGUACUAAAAGUGAAGUUGAGACUAAUUAAUCGGUUCUUGUGUGUAUGAUUUUGUUGGUUGCAAUUAAUAAAAACAAUUAAAUCAGAAAGAGUCUCCUCUUUCUUUUAA